AUGAAUUUAUCAUCUGCAUUAGCUCGAAGCACACAUGAAAAUGAUCUACUGCCUAGUGCAAACCAAAACGGACGAUUGGCUUUACUCCGUGCAAACAUUCAAAAGCGAUAUCCAUUUACAACAAACCGACAAUCUUUAAACGAUAGCGUUGUACUUGAUAACGACCAAGAAAAAUUAUAUCUAGACCGACAACUGCCCUAUCAACUCGAUUGGUCUAAGCGUGAUGCACGUGUAAAUAAACCGGCCCAUGAACGAAUGCUUUGUUUUUUUCAUGCUGUCAAUUGUUUUGGUUAA